CCGAAACUUGAACCAGAGAAAGUUGUUUCUAAAUUCUAAUGGCAUAGUAAUUAACCAAAUUGGAUAACUGAAGAAGCAGAGACGAUGAGAGCUCUGACAUGGACGGGAAUGUCGCCGCCGCCGACAAUGGUGGCGGCGCGAACGGCGACUCCAACGAUGGUUACAUUACGACGGAUUAACCUCCGUGGAGAUCGCGUCUGUGUUAGAGCCACGGCGUCGUCUAGCGCGGCGGUUUCCGGCGGAGGAGUAGCGGAAGCGGUGGAACUGUCUGAGAUUGGAGAGAGAAGUAAUAAAUGGAAGUGGAAAGGAGAAUAUUCAAUCAAUUACUUCGUCAAGAGCUCGCCGGAGGAAGUAACUCCGGCGAGUCAGACCCUUCUCUUGGUUCAUGGCUUUGGCGCUUCGAUUCCUCACUGGCGAAGGAACAUAAAUGCUCUGUCCAAAAACCAUACAGUGUAUGCGAUUGAUCUUCUUGGGUUUGGUGAUUCGGAGAAGCCACCUGGUUUUAGCUAUACUAUGGAGUCAUGGGCUGAAUUAAUACUCAACUUCUUGGAGGAAGUGGUUCAGAAACCGACUAUUUUGAUCGGAAACUCUGUUGGAAGCCUUGCUUGCGUCAUCGCCGCCUCAGAAUCAAAACAAGAUCUGGUUAAAGGUCUUGUUCUGUUGAAUUGUGCUGGUGGUAUGAACAACAAAGCUGUGUUUGAUGACUGGAGAAUCAAGCUUCUGAUGCCAUUGCUCUUGCUUAUCGACUUCUUACUCAAGCAAAGAGGAAUCGCUUCCGCACUCUUCAACCGCGUUAAAGACAGGGAAAAUCUCAAGAACAUCUUGACAAAUGUUUACGGAAACAAAGACAAUGUAGAUGAUACCCUUGUAGAGAUUAUCGCUGGACCAGCAAACAGCGAAGGUGCACUAGAUGCAUUUGUAUCAAUCUUGACCGGUCCACCUGGACCAAACCCGAUUAAGCUGAUUCCGGAAAUAACCAAACCGGUUCUCGUCUUAUGGGGAGACCAAGAUGGAUUAACCCCUCUUGACGGUCCUGUAGGUAAGUACUUCACGUCCCUUCCGGGUCAGUUACCUAACUUCAACCUCUAUGUUCUAGAAGGCGUUGGACAUUGCCCACAAGAUGAUCGUCCAGAUCUUGUCCAUGACCGUCUCCUUCCAUGGCUGGCUCAGCUUUCAUCCACAUAGUUCUAUUUGUUUCAACCAUGUGUAUACAUACAUACACUCACCAAUGCUAUGUUUAUAAAUGUAUAACAUAUAUUGUAAAUUGGUGAAGGAGUUUGAUUUUGGAGUAUUACUAAAUAGAAUCGGUUCAACAGAA